UUGAGCCUUAGAGCUGUAGAACCAUAGGUGGUGGAAGUUGGUAGAAGUGACCUUGUGUGGCUGUGCCUACGUAACUUGUCCAAUCGUCCCUUUAGCUUGUCUCCAGCACUUCGGUCCCGAGCUCUCCAUAUCCUCAUCUUCAUCUUCAUGUCCUACUUCCUUCCACACCUGCCCAGCGGCUGGCAUGUAGAUGAAGCCAUCAAAUCUGAAGAGGAUCGCGUUGUCGUGAUUCGUUUUGGCCACGACUGGGAUCAUCAAUGCAUGACGAUGGACGAGACCCUCUACUCUGUCGCAGAGAAAGUGCAGAACUUUGCGGUAAUCUACCUCGUAGAUAUCACCGAGGUCCCGGACUUCAACAAGAUGUACGAGUUGUACGAUCCAUGCACCGUCAUGUUCUUCUAUCGUAACAAACAUAUCAUGAUUGAUCUUGGAACUGGUAACAACAACAAGAUAAACUGGGCAAUGAAUCACAAACAGGAGUUGAUUGACAUCAUUGAAACCGUUUAUCGUGGAGCCUCCAAGGGCCGUGGUCUUGUCGUAUCACCCAAAGAUUACUCCACCCGUUACAGGUAUUAGACUGAUGACCGCACCUCCUGCGCUCUUCUAUCCCGCACUUGUGCCAGAUUAUGUAUAACAACAAA